CCUGUUCCUCGGUCCAGCGCUGUACAGUCUUCCCGCGCUGGCAUCUUCAGUGUGGGCACCCGGCUGUGCUUUGUCUGCAGUCUCUGGUCAUCUCCUGUACUGUGUCCGCAGUCUCUGGUCAUCCCCUGUACUGUGUCCGCAGUCUCCGGUCAUCUCCUGUGCCGUGUCCGCAGUCUCUGGUCAUCUGUACUGUGUCUGCAGUCUCUGGUCAUCUCCUGUACUGUGUCCGCAGUCUCUGGUCAUCUCUCCUGUACUGUGUCCGCAGUCUCUGGUCAUCUCCUGUACUGUGUCCGCAGUCUCUGGUCAUCCCCUGUACCAUGUCCGCAGUCUCUGGUCAUCUCCUGUACUAUUGUCCGCAGUCUCUGGUCAUCUCCUGUACUGUGUCCGCAGUCUCCGGUCAUCUCCUGUGCCGUGUCCGCAGUCUCUGGUCAUCUGUACUGUGUCCGCAGUGUCUGGUCGUCUCCUGUACUGUGUCCGCAG